GGCAGCAGAAGACGCGUGCAUCCCGGAGCCCGGUGCCAGCGGAGGAAUACCCCGCUUGUUUACGCCUCGGUUUGUUGUUCAUUUUCUGUUUUGUGAUUAAUCAAAGCUCGCACGUGCCAAUUGCCCUCAGCGUAAAAAGUCGCUCGCAAGUUAUUUCUGCACGAUUGUUCUUAUUUUUUACCGAGGAAGUACUUCUAAGUCUCGGAUGGAAUAUGGCCUAGGGGGCGCCAUAGCGCAUGGCAGAAGAGGCCUGUGGAGCCCAACCGAAGUGGUGCCUCAAGCAGCCGAGCGCCUCCUCCCACCGCAUCGGGCUUCCAGCCCAAAGGCUUCCCAGAACAGCGAGCAGCAGCGUCUGCGGCAGGUGCCAGCAGCGACGGCCAUGAUGAGUCCCCAGGUUAUCACCCCGCAGCAGAUGCAGGCCCUCCUCCAGCAGCAGGUGCUGUCCCCCCAGCAGCUGCAGGCCCUCCUCCAGCAGCAGCAAACAGUUAUGCUGCAGCAGCAACAUCUGCAGGAGUUUUACAAGAAGCAGCAGGAGCAGCUGCACCUUCAGCUGCUGCAGCAAACGCAGCCGGGAAAGCCGGCCAAAGAGGUACCGGUAUGUCUGCAGAUGUCCCGUGUGGCACAGGGGGGCGUAGCCUGCAGCGCCAGGGGCUGCUCUCACUGCCGGCCAGCCAGCCUCUGCCCCCAGGUCCCCACACUGCGCGCCCGCCGAUCCACUAGCCUGCAGUGCCAGGGGCUGCUCUCACUGCCGCCCAGCCAGCCUCUGCCCCCAGCCGGCCUGAGCCCUGUGGAGCUGCAGCAGCUGUGGAAUGAAGUGACCGGCACCCACAACAUGGAGGACGGCCCUGGUGGUGGGAAACACGCCUGCAGCCUCGACCUGACGACGACCAGCUCCUCCUCCACUACCUCCACCAGCACCUCCAAAGCCUCGCCACCCAUUACGCACCACUCUGUAUCCAAUGGACCGUCCUCCAUGCUGAGCUCCCGCCGAGAGAGCUCUGUGCAUGAGGACAUGGCCCCCUCGCACUCCCUAUAUGGCCAUGGCGUCUGCAAGUGGCCCGGCUGCGAGAGCAUCUGUGAGGACUUCAGCCAGUUUCUCAAGCAUCUGAACAGCGAGCACGCGCUGGACGACCGCAGCACAGCACAGUGCCGCGUCCAGAUGCAGGUCGUGCAGCAGCUGGAGAUACAGCUUUCUAAAGAACGAGAAAGACUUCAGGCCAUGAUGGCUCACUUGCACAUGAGGCCUUCGGAGCCCAAGCCACCGCCAAAACCGCUGAAUCUGGUGUCUAACGUCAGCAUGACUAAGAACCUGCCGUCGGCUCCCCCCCCGAAUGCACCCCCCGCACCCACCACCCCGACUGCCCCGGUCACCCCGAUGACCCAGGUGCCCCCAGUUCUCAGUCCUGCCAGCCUGCCCAGCAUGGGGGCCAUGCGCAGGCGCCACUCAGACAAGUUCUCCAUCUCCAUGUCCUCAGAGAUCGCCCCAAACUAUGAAUUUUACAAGAAUGCAGAUGUUAGGCCACCAUUUACAUAUGCAACGCUCAUAAGGCAGGCCAUCAUGGAAUCAUCUGAUUGGCAGCUAACACUAAAUGAGAUAUAUAGCUGGUUCACACGCACCUUUGCCUACUUCAGACGCAACGCUGCAACAUGGAAGAAUGCCGUGCGGCACAACCUCAGCCUGCACAAAUGCUUUGUGCGUGUGGAGAAUGUGAAGGGUGCUGUGUGGACCGUGGACGAGAUGGAGUACCAGAAACGGAGGUCACAGAAGAUAACGGGGAGCCCCACGCUAGUGAAGACCCUGCCCCCCAGUCUGGGUUACGGAGCAGCACUCAACGCAAGCUUACAGGCCGCCUUAGCUGAGAGUAACCUCCCCCUCUUGGGGAGCCCCAACUUUAUGAGUGGCAGCUCCACUGGUCUGCUCCAGGCAGCGCACGAGGACCUCAACGGUUCGCUGGAUCACUUGGACAGCAAUGGGCACAGCAGCCCCUGCUACUCUCCACACGCACUCAUGCAAGCAAUUCACGUCAAGGAAGAGCCGCUGAGCAUGGAUGACGAGGACUGUCCGUUGUCCCUAGUAACAACCGCCAAUCACAGUCCGGACUUGGAUGAUGACAGAGACCUGGAAGAAGGGAACUUUUCGGAAGACCUGGUAUAAAAAACAGCCCCCCAGACUGAGGCCAAUACUCCGGCCCGCGACUCCCCCAAUCCCUCAGACUACAAUCAUUUACGGCCAAUUUUCUUGUGGAUUGUUUAUUCAGCAUGCAGCACGGAUACAGUCUAAAGAAAUGGCUGUCAGUGCUCUUUGGGAUGCAGAGAAUGGCAGGCAUUAAACGCUCCUCCCUUUUCUUUGUUUUUCUAACCCAACAAAUACUUCAUGAACUCACCUUGUGAACUGGGCCGUCGAACACAAGGAAAAAAAAAGAGUCCGUUUUUGGAAAACGUGGAAGCCAGUUCUGCGGAAUGUUAGUUGCCUCCCUCACUGCCAAAAAUUAGUUCUGGUUAAAUCCAGUGGGAAUUUCACGCCUGCAGAAAUUACCACACGUUAAUGGAAUCCAGUUACCAGUCACUGCAAACUGUUGGCGAUCUAUCAGUUGCACAGGAGUAGUAUCAGAAAUUAGUGACACUGCCUAUAUGUUAACAUUAUAAAACCAGAUGUUUUUUUAAUUACUAGGAACUUCACGGAAUUAUAAUUUUGGCUCAACCCAACUGUAAAUGACAUCUGAUACCCAAACAUAACCAUAGUGAAGAGUAGGUUUACUUUUCUUUUUUAGCGCGGAUAUGUGUUUGAUAUGAAACUGAAAUGAAAGCGCUAGAUGCACUUCUGCAUGCUCUGCAGCUGUCUUCAUUACCUCUUCUUGCUCUGAAGCUUUGUCUACCUGAAAACAAAGGCAACAGCUAGAAACCAAACGCCGCCAGUGUCCGGGCACUCAGUCAGGAGCUGCCAUUCUGUAGCUUUAAUUAGCACAAAGGAAGCUUUCCAUCCACCGUUUUAAGAACCUCUGGGAUCGUUUUGUUUAGCCCUGUGCAAAGUCAACAGAGACGAAUGUUUGAUUUAAUGACUAGUUGUCUACCUACAUAGAGUCUAGAAGGGGCUCUGACUCCAUCUUAAGACCAGGGGAGGGAGUGGGUGGAUAUCAGCAGGGAUCAGCCAUUUGUGGAUCAGGAGGUGCACCAACCAAAAUGACCUUUGACCUCUGUAUAUCAUAGGAAGUGCAGUUUUUUAAGUAAUCAUUGUUACAAUCCUCUUUCUCGUUGCUGUCUAAUUUGCAUUUCUCACGAUGCUCAUUUCUAGUGAACACUCACCCUAGUGUUAGCAUAACUACUCUGUACCUUUGUUUUUCCACAUGGUUUGCUUACAGCUGCAUAGAAUGAAUCUGAAAACAUGGUAACCAAACAUAAAGGUCUAGUAAAGCCAAAUGAACAAUAAUAAUAAUUUAUUAAUCAAUAUGUAAUAACUUAUCUGGCUUGGCUGUCAAGUGAGGACAAAAGAUUCACAGCCAUUGAGAACAUUGCAUUCGUGAUGAAAUUAUCUUUUUUAUGGGUGACAUUUGCUAUAUAAUAUGUAAUUCAUUUUGUGAGUAUUCAUCCAUAGCUGUGUAGAUAUAGCUAGUAAAAUAGCUACAGACAGAUUAAAACUUCUUAACUUUAUCUUGUGAUUUUUUAAUAAGUUAAAAUGUAUGGAAAUAAGGCAGAUUUCUGCAUGGAUUUAUUCCGUUUCGCCAGUGUUAUCUAUAAAAGGGAAUGUGGUUGUUUUAAUUGUCAUUUCUGUUUUUAGUCAAACCAAAGCUACACAAAGUUCUGCCUUUUCUCUUGCAGCAUUGUAAAACUAAAAAUACCCCCCCCUCACCAAGACUUGAACACCGUCCAAUAUCUUGGGCACUUGGACUCCCGUGAUUUUGCUAAGACCACUAAUGGAUGAAAAGAAAAUGAACUUUCUGUUAAGCAAAAGAAAAAGAAUAGUAAGUAGUAUUUGACAGCACUAAUUGUACAUAUGAUAGCCGCUAUUAUUGUGCUGCGUCGACAAAAAUGCUUCCCUUUGCCGCCUGAACCAAGGCAGCUCAUAACCUGAUUGUGUUUUAUUGCUUUGCCGACAUUUUCAGACUGAGCAUCGCUGCUACACGAGAGUGCGCACUUACACACACACACACACACACGUACACACACACACACACACACACACAUACACAUGGAGACACACACACGUACACACACACACACACGGAGACACACACACACACACAC